AUGGCUCAUUCGUUUGACAUGGCACGCAAAGACAUGACGAAUGGGGCUCAUCCAAGUGCCCAGCCAGGGUCCUCGGGCACCUCUACUCUACCACGCUACCUGCACAAGAAACAACAGCGCCAGAGAGGUUUCCGAUCAUCCUCUCCUAUGGGCAGGGUCAUCCUCAUUAAUUCACCUGUUGACGGUGGGGAUGAUAGUGAGGACAUCCACACCAUUACUGUGGACAAAAGCGAGGAUGGAAGAUUGGGCUUCAGUGUGCGUGGAGGAUCUGAACACGGCCUAGGAAUCUUUGUCAGUAAAGUGGAGGAUGACAGCUCUGCAGAGUUGGCGGGGUUGUGUGUUGGGGAUAAGCUUGUAGAGGUGAAUGGCAUUAGCCUGGAGAGCAUCACCAUGAGCAGUGCGGUAAAAGUCCUGACGGGAAACAAUCGACUGCGCAUGGUGGUAAGACGUGUGGGGAAGGUGCCAGGCAUCCGCUACUCAAAAGAGAAGACAACAUGGGUAGAUCUGAUCCACCGAAGGAUGGUAGUGGAAGAGAGUGGUCGCACACCCUCAGAGGCCAGUUCAGAUGGAGCCCUGCGAAGAAUAGUGCACCUGUACACAACCUCGGAUGACUACUGCCUCGGCUUCAACAUCCGUGGUGGUAAAGAAUUUGGCCUGGGCAUCUAUGUCUCAAAGCUGGAUCCUGGUGGCCUGGCUGAACAAAAUGGAAUUAAAAUGGGUGAUCAGAUUCUGGCAGCUAAUGGCGUGAGCUUUGAGGACAUCACACACAGCAAUGCAGUAGAAGUGCUGAAGAGUCACACACACGUGAUGCUGACCAUCAAGGAAGCUGGAAGAUAUCCCGCAUAUAAGGAGAUGGUGGCAGAGUACAGCUGGCUUAAUAAAUUGGCUAAUGGGGGUCAGCCCUCUUCCUCUCAGGGUUCAGACUCCUACUCCUCAACUUCCUCGCUGUCUUCCGGAACGCCAGUCAGCUCUCUUAGCGGUCUUUCACAGGUCAUGUUCCCACCUGUAUUUGGCUCAGAGAUGGUGGAUGUCUGUAUCUCUACCGAGGACCGCUCACGUCGGCCCAGCUCUGAACGGAAAGAGACUGCAAUGCAGACUGACCCACCAGAGCCUGAUACCUCAUCGAGAGCUAGUAGGGUCAUAACCACAGAAACCAGCAGAAUGGUGGGCGAAACUGUUCUUUUGAAAGAUACAGCAAUCCGUAGAGGGACCGCCCACCCUAGGACAAGAACCUUCUCUGCUGGGGAUAAAGAGACUCUGGAUUCUUGUAAAACUGCAGUCCUGAUGGCUCUCAGUAAACCUAGGAAACCCAUCCGCCGAUCCCAGAGUCACAUCACUGUGUCACUCUUUUACAUGUUUCUGUAUGGAUGUUGAUCAGAGGACAAGCAGAAGAAAAAGAAACAUCAGAAGAACAAGGUAGAGGCAGAAGGAAGCACACUGCAGCGCUCCAAAACCUUUGUCAGCCUGCUGUUUAAAAGCGGACGCAGGAGGGAAAGGUCUUCCUCUAGAGAUAGGAAGGACACGGGGAAAGGGGAUGGACACAGAGGAAGAUCCAAAUCACCCAAACAUUUAGAUAACGAACCAGGUAAAGAGCGAGGUCGACCUAUAAUUAACCUGUUGAGUUCUCCCAGAGAGACCCGAGCUGGUAUGAGGGAGCAUAGCCCCAUGCCCAGCCCAAAGACUAUGGCCAUGAUGGAGGACACGGCUCGCAAACUGCUCAAUGAUGAUGAGGUGGCUGCUGUCAUGAGACACUGUAAAAGGUUUCUGGUAGAGCGAGUGGUUGAGGAUCUUGUGCGCCCCCUGCUGGCCAUCUUGGACAAACCCGAGAAGCUUCUGCUGCUGAGAGAGAUCAGGAUGAUUAUCCCUCUCACAGAUCUAGGGCGUUUUGACAGUAUGGUCUUGCCCUUUGAGCUUGAAGCCUAUGACAUACUAAAAAGCCGCUCUGUGAGGUCUCCUGUCCUGCGUUCUCCUUGUCAUGCCGGAACGCCCCGUCGCCAUCUAAUAACGUCCAUCCCAGACUACAGGGGUGGAUUCCACCUGCAGCCGGUGCAGGAUCUCGAGAGUGAACGGCAGUUCAUAGAAAAUCUGGAGCGACAGCGCAUGGCAAGCCUACCAACCGGUAGACUUCCUCCUCCUCGAGCUUUCACUCCCCUUUUGGAUGUACCCGUGGACACAUACAUCACAGACUCACUCCGUCAUCGCUCCUUGAGCCCUGCUCGGCCCAUUUGGCCGCAUUCAGAGUCCCCUCACAGCACAGAGGGUCAGGGACGCUCCCCGCAAAGAAGAGGCAACGGAUUCCCCCAGACAUCACACCAUGACUCUUUAUCCAGUAGAGGUGAUUCUGUCCCAGAGAGGGGAAGGUCCCCUCAUAGGAAUGGACAUAGAGCAAAAACUGACAAAUCUCACAAUGGAAAGGAGGUGAAGUAUACUGUAAUGAGUGCACAUCGACGGAGCAGGACACCAUUGACCCAAGUGUUUGGGCCCAGCUCAGUUCAGGACUGGAGAGAACCAAUGAAUGGACACUCGGACAGCCAAGAAAGCCCACCAGAGAAAGAGGAUGAACUGACCACUGUUUCUAUUUCCAAGACCAAACAGUCCUUGGGUAUAAGCAUCUCAGGUGGGAUAGAGUCAAGGGUGCAGCCAAUGGUGAAGAUAGAGAAGAUCUUUCCAGGAGGAGCGGCCUCCACCAGUGAUGUUCUGAAGGCUGGAUUUGAGCUGGUGUCAGUAGAUGGAGAGUCCCUUCAAGGUGUCACACAUCAGCACGCAGUGGACGCCAUUCGGAGGGCUUUCAGCAACAAGGCCAAAGACCCCAUGGAGUUCAUCGUCAAAGUUCCCAAGAACCCGAAGGUCUGA